UAAAAGAUUACUUGCAUGUGAAGCAGAAUAUGACACCUGAUUUUCGUGAAAAUGGCUUCAAAAGGCCCGCUAAACUGCAGCAGAUGGAUUCCCCGCUCAAACAAUUUCAAGAAGACUUCGAACCAACACCCCUUUACAUGGCAAUCAUUACUUAUAUCAACUAUGGGGUAAUUACUUUGUUUGGCUUUUUAAGAGACUUUCUACGCAAGCAUGGCUUCGAGAAAAACCACGCUUCUGCAGAAGCAGGUGAUAUGGACGGCUUUGUCUCUCUCUAUGCAAGUUUUGAAAACUUUUAUACUAGAAAUAUUUACAAUAGAUUGCAUGAUGUAUUUAACCGCCCUAUAUGCAGUGCUCCUGGUCCUGUUAUUAAAAUCAUGGAAAGGGAAUUCUCACAAUCUGGCUGGAGCUAUAAGUUUACUGGCAAAGUACUUGACGGUAUUGUUAACUUGGGAUCAUACAAUUACCUAGGCUUUGCUGAAAACAGUGGAGUAUGUGCAGAAGCUUCUAUAAAGGCAAUACAACAAUAUGGAAAUGGAGUUUGCAGCUCAAGGUGCGAAGUUGGCAACCUUGACAUACAUGCAGAGUUAGAAGAAAAAAUGGCAAGGUACCUAGAUGUUGAUGCUUGUGUUACAUUUGGAAUGGGGUUUGCUACCAACUCUAUGAACAUACCUUGUCUUGUUGGGAAAGGAUGCUUGAUUCUCAGCGAUGAACUAAAUCAUGCAUCUCUGGUUCUAGGAUGUCGAUUAUCUGGAGCGAAUGUGACCAUUUUUAAACAUAAUGACAUGAAAGAUUUGGAGCUGAAGUUGCGCAAUGCAAUCGUUAAUGGACAGCCAAGGGGGUACAGACCAUGGAGAAAGAUCUUAAUAAUCGUUGAAGGUGUCUACAGCAUGGAGGGUUCAAUCAUUAAUCUUCCUGAAGUUUUAAAGUUGAAGAAGAAAUACAAAGCCUAUGUAUUUUUGGAUGAAGCGCAUAGCAUUGGUGCACUUGGAGCAACUGGUCGUGGAGUUACCGAGUACUUUGGUAUUCAUCCAAAAGAAGUCGAUGUUAUGAUGGGAACAUUUACCAAAAGUUUUGGUGCAGCUGGUGGGUAUAUAGCUGGGACAAAAAGUCUUGUAGAACAUCUGCGUGCCAAAUCCCACUCUGCUUGUUAUGCUACUUCAAUGGCACCUCCAGUGUGUAGGCAGAUUCUGUCCAGUCUUGAAGUUAUUUCAGCCACAGAGGAAGGCAAAAGAAGAAUUCAAAAGCUCGCUUCUAACUGCAAGAUGUUCCGUCAAGGGUUAAAAAAGCUUGGCUUUAUAGUAUAUGGAAAUGAUGAUUCACCAGUUGUGCCGGCUCUGAUUUACUCACCAUGUAAAGUUGGUGCCUUCAGUCGUGAAAUGUUAAGUCGAGGAUUUGGUGUUGUUGUCGUGGGCUUUCCUGCUACACCUAUUGUCGAAGCAAGAGUUCGUUUCUGUAUCUCUGCUGCCUUGACUGAAAAAAAUCUACAGGAUGCCCUUGAUGCAAUUAGUAGCAUUGGAGAUAUUCUUCAAAUCAAAUACAAAAAAUAGAUUAAGCUUAAAACACUUUUGCUUGGAUGAAAUUAAAGUGGAUUACACUUCUUUGUCUAUUCUGUUUGCAUUCCUUCCUAAUAUGCAUUAAGAUAUUUUUAUUUACUUUUCAAUACUAAACCAACACUGUUUGCAAUGAUCAUGAUCAUAAACAGCUGGUACUUCUGUAUUAAUGUUAAACACUAAAUUGUGCCUGUUAUGAAUCUGACCAAGGUUGAUAACUUGGUAGAGAUUGGAAUAUAUAAGGUGUACCCAUGUAAUCAGUGUUUUAUGCAGUAUUGCAUAUAUGCUAGCCUUCAAAUUUACUAGAAAACCAAAUUUUCUUACCAUUUUUAAUAUUGCAUAAUUUGUAACAAAGUACAGUAGCAUUGACAUGCCCGAAUUUAGAAAUUAUUAAUCCUGUGAAUUUUGAGAUAUAAUGUUUAUUAAACUGAUCAAAUAAUCUUUCUGCAUUUAAUUAAAUUGUUAAUUAAUUAUUUUGAAUUGUUGUUGCGCUUACUAAUUUUUUAUUUAGUUGCCAAGUACGGUAUUUAGUUAGAUUGGCAAAAGAGAUUGCAUUGUGUUCUUACUUUUUUGUGUGCAGUGAAUAUAUGUAUAACAGAUUUAUAUGCCUUUCAGUAGAUAAUCUUUUGAUAAUUAAUUGUUUUGUUUCUGUACUUCCUGUUUUAUUGCCUUGUUACACAAAUUAAAGAUUCCACAAUUCCACAAAAUACAACAUAGGAUAUGUUGUAACUUCAAAGAAGAGAUUCUUAUAUAAAACUUUUAUAAUUUCCAAUACUAACUAUUUUAUUAGCAUUAUAAAUGAAGUAUUUGAUUUUCCUUUGCAUUUUGUGUGAUGUUUUUGGUGAUUGUUUGAACUAAUAUUAUCAACAACCUUGAACUUUUAAUGUUCCAUCACAAUUAACAAAUGUGUUGUAUAAUUUUUAACUGUGAUGCAGAAUCGCCAACAAUAAAUUCUAAUAGUUAGUUUAACAAUAAAUUUCAAAAGUUAA